AUUCUAUCAGUGUAACGUAUCUGUAUUUUUCUUUUUUCUUUUUAUUAAAAAACAUAUGUUUGUUUCGGAUCAUAGCAAAGUUAAUUCCAUUUAAUUCUGUUUUGUGGAACGCAAGGAGUGUUUGUUGACAGUUGACGCUCGUAUCACAAAAGUAUCCACGAUCUUAUUUUGGAGUUUAUAAAAUCACCUGACAUAAGAGCUUAUUGUUCUGAAAUUUAACAAGGAUGAGUUCGGAACUUGCUCGUGGAUUUCUCUUAUUAUGCGAUAAAGAUCUUGAAUCCCAAGCUGCAACUCUUGCAACAACUCUUCGAACCACGAGUGGUACAAUAACGCUUAAAACAAUGGAAAACGUGUUGGAAGCCAAAGGGGCAACGUUCGCAAAAAAGUUGGAGAAUGUUCUUAACGUUUACGCACAUGCAGUGAUUAUUAUUUGCUCACAAAACUUUGCAAAUUUUAUUGAUAAAAAAGAUAAAUCAAAAUGUCCAGAUGUGAUGCUAAAAAAUUAUAAAGACUGCGUGACAGUUUUAAAAAAGUUUGUUGAAAAAGAAGUCAAAUCAUCACCUCAUAAAUUGAUCCUUGUAUCAUUAAACGGAGACACGACUCUGCCCAAAUGUUUAACCGGCAUGCCAGUGGUGAAAAAUGAAGGGAACGAAAAUGCAUUUAUUAACCAAGUCAUUGCUCAAAUUAUUGCAAAGAGACGGUAAAACAGCAAAAGGGGUACAUCGUUACAUCGUUAUAACUUUCAGAGAGUGAAGACUUUAUGCUUUUCAACAUCAGGUCUGAAAAAGCAUGUAAAUUUUUUAUUUCUAUUGUAAAUUUUGCUUUAUUUUAUUUUGAAAAUAAUAAGCGUCAAUCUUUAUAAAUAAAAAUCGUGUUUUGACUUCGGGUCCGUAAAUUAAAAAUGCACAGUCGGACGCAUGUGGACCAAAGGGGGUGGUUAUCAGCUGUGUUGCUGCUCUGGAAAAUAUUUCUGUUUGCAAGCAGUUUCUCUAGCUAGCUAUUUGGUAAUAAUUUAAAAUGUAUGGAAGUACUGACGAUGAAAAAGAGUCAAAUAACACAUCUGCUGGUAAAACUGAGAAUAUCCCGCUUGUGAAAGCAGGCGGACAAGCUAUCGUUGACGUAGAUCAUCGUAUUCAAGAAUUUAUUAAAAAUCCAUUUAACGAAGAUUUCAGUAACUCUGACUUUUGGGAUGAGGUUACUAAACUCUUUGGUGAUGGCAAAGAAAUAGGAUGGAGCACAGCACUAAAUAAAGUAAGAGUUAGCAAUAUACAACAAAGAUGUAGAUUAGAAAAGAAAGACCCUUUAGUUUUCUUAUUAACAGAAGUUCAUGAUGAAUAUGUCAAAUAUGCCAAUGAUCCUCAAAUCGUGUCAAGUUUUAAACAGCAGCUCUCGGAGUUUGCAAAUAUCAUCAUCACAGAAGACUAUCAAUCUACAUUUGAACAGAAGAAUCGCAUUUAUGCAUGGCCACUUGACAUACACAAUGAAGGAAAAAAGACAAUAUUACAUCUUGUUGCUGAACGCAAUCUAACUGAGAUAGCUGAAAUCUAUGUUGGUUUUUAUCCAGGAUUGGUAUACGAACCUACAAGUGGUCAAGGAUUGGAUAGAUUGCCUUUAGAGCUUUCUUUGUUAAAAAGAUAUGACGAUGUCUCAAGUUUUUUAGCAAAGCAUAUGCUUCAUGAGAGAGUAAGAGAUUUAUUUGAAUCUAAUGAAACAUUUGAUGCAAGGUUUCAGCUGGCUGAUAUUAUCAAAGAUCCAACAAUGAAGCAAACAGUUAUCACCAUUCUUGACUGCUGUGUGAAUGCUGAUUGGCCAUAUGUUCCUGUUAAAAGUGGUCAACGAAAGGAAGAAGCAUGGUCCAAAAUACCAGAUAUGCCAUUGAGAUACCAUUUUUAUUACCGACUUUUGGAUGGAGAUCAAAAAAGUGAGCCAGCUAAAAUUAACAACGAAAUGAAUCCUGAAUUUGAUCAUUGGUCGCCAUCUUGUUUGCAGUUACUUGCUGACAGUCCUCAUGGUGAAGAUGCUAUAAGUCACCCUGUUAUACGAAUGUUAGUGAACAGAAAAUGGGAAAAGUUUGGAAGAAGCAAGAUUAGAUUACAUUUCUUACAAUAUGUCACUUUUUUGAUUAUCAUGGGCAUUGCAUUGUUUGCAGACACAGGCUCUCACGACCAUCGCAAGUACACCAAUUCAUUGGAUUACUUUCGGGGAACAUGUGAAAUCCUCACCUUGUGUUUUGCAUUAUUUUAUCUCAUAUCAGAAAUCGAUCAAAUGGAAAAAGAACGCGUGAGCUAUUGGAAAGAUCCUUUCAAUUACUUGGAUUUGAUUGGCUUGAUAUUAAUAGCAUUGAUCGUUCCGUUACGCUACACUGAUCAUAGCAAAGCUGAAUUUGCUGUAGCCGGCGUUGCGUUUUUGUUCAACUGUUUGAGAGUGUUCAAAUAUUUCCCAGCAUUCAAACAACUUGGUGUGUAUUCGAAAACAUUUGCACAAAUUAUCUACUAUGAUAUCACGAAGUUCGCCGUGCUCUAUGUUAUCGUGUUGUUCGCGUUCACUGGAUUUGUUUUCAUGUCUUUGAAAGCUGUGGCUGUUGGCAAACCUGGAACGAACUCGCUGAGUUUUUGGAAAGUUUUGUUGAAAGAAGUGCGUGCAUUAGCAGAAGGAAAUCCAUUUGAUGAAAGCUACGAUGCUUACAGUGUGGGUGUAAUCAUCCUCAUUAUGAUCAAUAUGUUUGUCAUCAUUGUCAUUCUGGUCAACAUUUUAAUUGGUCAGUUAAGCUACCGUUACGAAACUGCCAUAGAAGAAGCAGAGAUCCAGUACAGUAUUGAUAAAGCGAAAUUUAUUACACGUCUAGAGAAAAGCAGAUUUCGAAACAGGAAUGUACGCAUGGCAUAUUAUGUCGAAGGUGAUUAUGUUAGUGACGACACUCUAGUGUCAGAACUGCUUCAAGAUUGGGUGAAACUACGCGGCGACAAAACUGACGAUUCGAAAAGCGCCAUAAAAACGAUGAUGAGCAAAGUUUUGAAAACAAAAGAAAAAGAUGAUUAAGAUAUGCGGCGAUACUAUAUUGGAGCAACGAGACAAAAGAAAACAGAACUGCAUAACAAUUUGACGUGUAUUAUAAAGCUUUUUUUGUGCUCGCCAUCAUGGUAUUACCUACUGUAUCGAGAAGAGUUUUCCUGUUGACUUUCUUAUGACGUUACUAAAUGUAUGUAUAUAGCCAAUUGCUGUCGUACUCAUGUGCGCAUGCGCAAUAAUUAAAAAACGCGGGAAAAUUAGUGUGGUUAUUUUGUGCACUAGGAAUAUGGACAAAAAAUCAUAUUUUUCUUAAUUUAAUUACACGCAAAAAUUGUACGAAUAAGAUAUCUAUAUAUAAUUAUACGUUUUUCAGCUGUCGUGCGGUACCAGGGGAAAAAGUUCUAGGUACAAGGACAUUUUGUUAGUCUUUGUUGUAUUGUAUAUAUUUUUCGAUUAUAUCAUAAUUUUUAUUUUUUUAAACAUUGCUAAUGGAAAGAUAAAUGGUCUUUAGGAGAAA